GAGCAAACAAUAUCGUUCCAGUAAAAAAGUGUCUUUCGUUCAUCCUAAAAAUGUGAAGAAACCCUUGAAUAAUCUGUAGUCUGUUAUCAUAAAUAACUGCAAGUCUCGAAGAUGUUCAUGAAGAGAAGAAAAAUAUCGAUAGAUGCCUCGAAAUAAUUCAGCCUAGGGUGUUCUUAUUUAGCUUGAUAUCACUGAAGUUCUUAAAAGAGUAAAGGACUCCAGAAUGGAGUUGGAGAAGGAGAGAAAGACCCCGGAGGGUCUGUCAACCGUCAGUAUUUCCCCGCGGAAAUGCAACGUCUCAUUUUCCUUCAACUUCGACGUGGACGUGGACAGCGAGAGUACAACAGACUCAGAGACCCCAGGUCUCCAGAUCGAUGUGUCAGAAGUGAUAAACUACCAAAAAACAAGGAAGCGAAAAUUCGUGGAGAUCGAGGAAUCGUCAGCAAUCGAUGAGAUGGAGGAGGAGAUCGAGAGACAGUUGGAUGCUAAAGCAGCGAAGACAAAUCUAACAGCAACAAACGUGAAGAAUAUUCUGAAGCACGUGAUAACGAACGAGCACGUCCUGGCGAUGGUGCAAAACAGCGUGCACAAUACAGAGGAGGGUGGAAUAUUCGAGCCCAAGUUGACACGAGCAAAAGCAAAAGAGUUGGCAAUGGCACAGCCAAACAUUCCCUGGCCAAUGACUCCAGUGAAGAAACCGGCGUCCUCUGAGGUUCAGGCCCUCAUCAGCGAGGAUUUCCACGAGGAUUCCUCGGACGAGGAGUACAAUCCAUAUCACGACCAGAGUGAGGACGAGGGCGAUCACUUGACGAACAGCGACGUCGACGCAUCACCAGCAACUUCACAGAUCCAAGUGGACACCCCAGCACCUCAGGAUAUCUCUGAACUCCUCCCCCCUGUCCAUUACGACUCAGAGGGAGUCUUCAAGAUCCCCUCAAUCCCCAGCUUGCCAAACGAGGUGGAGAGCAUCGGGCAGAGGACAAGAUCCAAACUGAGUCUUAGUGAAACCCCUCUAGAGUACAUCGAACAGGCGUUUAUCCCUCCCGAUAUCACCACUGACAUGUACGACUGGGAUUGUGAUAUGGACGAGGAGUGGAACAAAUUUCUCACGGAGUUUACACAGCCCCUACCUCACGAGCCCAAUGCUGAGGACGAUCCUGAUGCUGAUCCUGAGUACAAUAUACUCGAAGACAGGGAGAGCGAGAUGCUGGAUAAGGAGGAGAUCAGGGAUGAUAAAGCUGUCAAAGUAUCCAGGAAGGAGCUCAAGGAUCUUGUGGCUGAGCUCUUUGAAUUUGAGGAUAUGUUCUCCAGGGGGGAAAUACAAGCGGAUGGCUCCAGGAAGAGGAAGAGCUUGGAGACUUCUGUGGGAUCUGUACAUAAUAAUUCCACUGAUAAUCCAAUGAUCAGUCUUCUCCCCGCCCUCUCAGAACCAGAAUUACCGAAAAUCGUGAGCUUCGAGCACAGCAAUCUCAUAGCCAUUCAAUUUCAACAACAUGUUCAAUUAAUGGUACAGCACUUUAUCAUGACAUAUCAACAUCCCCAAUUGCAUUCACAGUCGAUAACAUGCAGGGAUAACUUGAAUAGUAUCAAGUUUUUACGCAAUGGUGACAACUCAGCGUUCACCGUGUUGAAUCUCCCCGAUGCUCUAGCCCUCGUCAGCGACUGGGAGGAGAAAUUCAAGGAUGAGCGGUUCUGUGCUGAUUUCAGGGACACGCAAGAGUAUGAAAUUGAAAUGAUACGUGUUAAAGCAACACAGAAGCAGCGUCACAUUCAUAAAUUCCACCCUGAGGUGAUAAAAAUGUUCAUGGGGAGUUGUGCACUCAUGUAUCCAGAGCUAUUGCCACAUGUGCCCCUGAGAAAUCCGCUCAAGGGGCCUACCAAAACUCCCUAUUCGAAAUCUGAGGAGUAUCUUUUGGCCCUCGGACUGGAGCAAUUUUUGCCAUUUCACGAGGGACAGGAUCGCAAAUUUAAUUUCAAGAAAAUGAUACUCAUGGACGCAGUCCAGUCAAUAUCCGAGUAUUUAAUGCCACCGAGAACCCCAAAGGCUUUGUAUCAUCAGGUGGUGACUCGAAGAUGCUCAUCUGAGGACAAUCCAAUAAAGCAUUAUUUUAAAAAUGGAUAUGUGCCCAGCAGGAUCCACUGUGUCGCUCUAGAGAAUACUCUGAAGUCACCAAAAGAACAGCCGCGACAUUUAUUGCCUGUGGUCUGGCAGGAGAUCUCUAGUGAGGAAAACCUGAAGUCCUUGAGUCCCAUGUCAACCCUUCUAACGAAAUCUCUUUCAGAAUCCACCGACAAUAUAAUCAUCGACGCAAGUUUCCUCUCCCCCCUGAUCAAUAUGUUGCCAAAUAUGCCAACCCUGGAGCAAACCCCACCAAAAAAGGACUCAAACCCUCAGGAAGACGACUCCAAUCCCCUGGAAGGUACCCUGACGUCUCCCCAGCUCCGUCAAACAACCCCUCGCCUAGCCAAAAUCCGCAGUGCCCAAAACAUGAAGCUAAUGACCCAAGUGUCAGGCCCGAAGAGCUCCCCAAGUCCCUCGCCAAGAUCUCGUUCGAAGGACGAGUCUCCCAAGACUCCAGAGUCCUUGGAGUCAUCUCGAGGUGAUAACGAGGACGAAAUAGCCGAACUGAUGCUGGCAAGCACGACAAUAAGAAAAGACAUCAAUCGGAAAAAGGCAAAAGAAGCUCGAGAAUUGGAGAAUAUAAAACGAUUGCUGGAGGCUGAAACAGAUCUGGGGCAUGAGGAGCGAAUUACAAAGUUUGCAGCCUCUUGUAUUCAGAAAGUCCAUAUGACUCUGGAGGCAUCCAAUCCAGAGCUCCUCAAGACCAUAAUAAAACUAUUGACAGAUUACAGUGAUAAAGUCGAGGGGGGGAUGUCACAGUCCCUCCAGGACAAAUUGGCAAUUGAUUUUUACAAUAGAAUAAGCGAAGCCUUGAAGGAUUAUCCAGAGCUAUCCUCGGACUUUCUCUCCUUUCUGAAACCCCACCAGGCAGUGAUGGUGGGACAAUUCAAGGAGCACACGAUGGCCAAGAAAAUGGCAGAGUUUAUGAAUGUCGCUCAGGUUUAUUUUGCAAAGCAACCAGCAAGAAUGACUCGUCUGAUGAGAGCAAUUACGCAACUGGCAGCUGAGCCAUCCCCAAGUCUUGAAAGUGUCCACUCGGUGAUGGAUCCAGUGUUGAAGGGCCAUCCCUUGCCGAUGAACAUGUUUCUGCAGUGCAUACCCAGUGGAAAACCUCCAGAGAGUCUCUUUUUACCCCAUUUAUUCGAGAAUCUGACGUGUCCAGUGGGCCCUUACGACAAGAACAAAGUCUACACCGAAGAUUCACCUGAAUUAUACGAGAGUAUUGAACUGUCAACACCACCCACUCAGGAUGAUCCUUACGGUGGUGAUAACUGCAGGUGCAUCUGCCACGAGAACAGCAGUUCACCAUCCAAGACAAACUCUGAUCACUGCGCUGCAUGUGGAGUGAGGUAUGUCAAUGGGAGAAUUUUCUUGCAGACUGCUGAGGGCUUGAGGCCCGCCAAGGUGACUUUCCCAGGGGAUGAGGAAGAGAAACUGGAGAAUAUUGCGAGGGUCUCGUUGAGGGCCAGUGAGAGAUGCUCACCAGCUGGAUCCACUGGGAGGAGAAGAAAGUCAUCAAAGAAUGAAGCUGACGAGGGGAUACCACAGAAAUUCACGUCCAAGGGAUCACCGGUCAAGGACAAUGAUGAGUCUGGAAAGGGUAGGAGGGGUGGCAAGUCACCACCGAAGUACGUGGAUCAGAGGAGGAUGUCUAAGUCAUCGGACAGUGGUUCUACAUUGGGACAAUCUGCGGAUAAUUCUCCCAUCAAGAGCAAAAGAGAGAAGAGGGCUGAGAGGCGGGAGGCUAAGUCCGAUUCGAAAAAUGAUCUUUUCGAGUUUAAAGGUGGGGAGGGACGCUUGGGGGUGAGCAGUGAACACGAAGAGCUAAUUGAGGGAAGCGAGGAGAUUGGGAAGAUCGAUAAUAGCGACUCUGAGGUAAACACCAGUGAGCAGACGGAAAUGGAGAGCAGUAAAUCGGAUAGCGACGUCACGGCUGAAUCGGAAGAUUUCGACAGGCCCUGGUCCAGGCAGGAGGAUGCUGUCCUCCUGCAGCAUGUGCAGAGGGACUACUCUGAGAGAACCUUUCGCAUUGUCGCUGAAAAUCUUCAGGAGAGAACUGUCGAGCAAGUCAAGAGACGCUGCGAGGUGUUAUUGGAGUUGGUGGAAAAAAUGGUUUAGGCCACAUAUGUGGAACGUUUAGUAGAAAAAUCGAGGACUUUCUCUGGAAGUUCUGUUGAAUUUAGUUGGAACUCUAGUCUUGAUAUUUGAUCGCCAAGGAUUAUUCUAUUUUAUUUCUUCUCUCAUGGAUGAUGAUUUGUCGAAAUUAAUGGACAUGAAUUCUAACAGAAUUAAACAGAAUUUUUCCAGAAGGCUAUAGGCUUUUUUUGAGAAUUUUAGAGAGAGGUAAAUUUCAUUGUACUUCUUAAUGACUGAUUAAAGGGAUUAGAGAGAAGGCCGUCAGGUUUUCUGUGGUUAAUGUAAUAAAAUGUAUAUUCAAUAAGAUUUGUAAA